CUUGUUAAACCAUGGUUAAACCAUAGAAUACAGACAGAAAUUUCACCACACUAAACUGCAUGGAUUCUAAGUUUUCUGAAUACACGGCUGGCCUCAAUUUGCAGUUUUUUUUUUAGUCCACCGAUCAUGUAUUAUAUCCUGUCUCCCCCAUAAGCAUAUAGGCGAUUUACCAACACUCUCGUCGGAAAAGCACAGCAGGGGGACAGACUGAACUUUUUAAAGCAUGUCAGUACAUACAUCGUUAAACUGUUUGUCAAGUGUCGUGUUGGUGUGUAUUUUUUUGAGAAGACUACGUCCUAAAUUCAGGAAAAGAAGUAGAACAAUGGAUAUUGGUGAAUUACUUGCAUUCCAGCCAGACAAGCCAAACUUGAAACGAAGGAGAGGAAAUGAAGAUGAUAAUAAUGAGCAGGGCGACGAUGGGAUCAAGGCCUCUCUACCCAGCAAGAUGAAAGGACGGCAGGGAAAGGCCGAGGCUGCAGCUCCAGAGGGAGGAAUGACGGAGGAAGAAAGAGAGAAAAUCCUCAAAAUGGUAGAUCAAGAACCAGAGAUGCCAGGCCUGGACGAUACAAGUUUGAGAAAGCUGAUUCUGUCCUUUGAGAAGAAGGUCUACAGAAACCAAGAGAUGAGAAUUAAAUAUCCAGACAACCCAGAGAAAUUCAUGGAAUCAGAAGUGGAUCUAAACGACACAGUACAGGAGCUUCACGUCAUAGCAACAAAUCCAGAUAUGUACCAUCACCUGGUGGAACUGAACGCCAUCAAGUCUCUCCUGCAACUGGUUACCCACGAGAACACUGAUAUCUCCAUCGGGGUCAUUGACCUUCUCCAUGAGCUGACAGAUGUCGACACCCUGAACGAGAGUGAAGACAGUGCUGGCGCCCUUGUUGACGCAUUGCUUGAUGAACAGAUCGUUGCCACACUAGUGCAGAACAUGGAGAGAUUAGACGAAGGGGUCAAAGAAGAAUCAGAAGGCAUCCACAACACCCUGGGAAUCGUUGAGAAUAUGACAGAGUUCCGACCGGAGAUGUGUGCUGAGGCAGCCCAGCAGGGCCUGAUGCAGUGGCUGCUGAAACGCCUCAAACCCAAAGUGCAAUUUGAUGCCAAUAAGCUUUACUGCAGCGAAAUACUCGCCAUCAUUCUGCAAGACACACAGGAAAACAGAGAGUUACUCGGUGAGCUGGAAGGCAUUGACACACUUCUGCAACAACUUGCUGUCUACAAGAGACACGACCCGACAAGCACAGAGGAGAACGAGAUGAUGGAGAACCUGUUUAAUUGUUUGUGUUCAGCGCUGAUGUUGCCUAGCAACAAGGGACGCUUUUUACGAGGAGAAGGAGUUCAGCUCAUGAACCUUAUGCUCAGAGAAAAGAAGUUGUCGAGACACAGUGCCCUCAAGGUGUUAGACCACGCCAUGACAGGAGCCGAGGGUGCUGAGAAUUGUACUAAGUUUAUUGACAUCCUUGGACUGCGGAGCCUCUUCCCUCUCUUCAUGAAGACUCCUAAGAUUGGAAAGAAAGGCUCAAGCGCACAGGAACACGAAGAACACGUCUGCUCCAUCAUGGCGGCACUCCUAAAGAACUGCUCAGGUACCCAUCGUCAGAGACUCAUCAAUAAGUUCACCGAGAGCGAUCACAUCAAAGUGGACCGCCUGAUGGAGCUACAUUUCAACUAUCUGAACAGGGUACAAGUCUGCGAUGAUAGGAUUGAGCGUGAACGACAGCGCCGUGCCCGCGAGGGCGACAUUAUCGAUGAUGAUCAAGAGGACGAGUACUACCUAAGACGUCUCGACGCAGGGCUCUUCACCUUACAGCUUGUUGAUUACAUCAUCUUGGAUCUCAGCUGCUCAUCGGGUGUACUCCCCAUCAAGCAGAGGGUGCUACAACUACUGAAUAUGCAUGGAGGGACCAUCUCGGCAAUACGCAACACCGUCAGAGAAUAUGCCGGCAACAUCGGCGAUGAGAAUAACCAAGACAGUGCCUCAGUAGAGAGAGAAAGACUCUUAACCUUAGUGGACAAAUUCUGAGAUCAUUUGCAGUUUGGGAACAAUUAGUCGCCCAAUGUUCUUCCUGUUUGGUUGAUUCAAAGGAAAUAUACACAGCCCUAACUGGCCUUGAAGGGCCACAGCAUUUUCCUCUAGUAAGGGGAACUUCUAUGGGGAAAAUGAAGGUUUGUUUUGGAACCUUGCAGAGGACACUACAGCAAAAGCAGAGGGCACUAAGGCGAUUCUUUCGAGGACUGCCCUAAAAAUUAUGCCUUGGUGUUGAGUGCGAACACACCCAUUUCUUCUUCUUCUUGCAUACAGCGUGUAAAACCUAUCGUUGAAGAUCAAGGGUUGAUAGCCAGACCAGGCAGCAGCAGAUGUGGUUGAUACCACCAGGGAAACACUUAAGGUGUCUUUAAGUGGAAGGUCAUUCACGAUGUGUAGUAAGCAGGGCACUCUUUCAUCCCUCAAUUUGUUUGUUGUUGUUGUUUGUAUGAUCCAAGGGGAUAUAAACACCAAGCUGGCAACAGCUGAUCUCUCUC